UCGCGCCUCUGCUGGAGGGCGGGAGGCGCGCGGAGAAGGGGCUUUGCUAAUUGCCAGAGCAGGAAGUGAGCACGAGGAAGAAGCCGAGGAGACCCGGGAGGAGGAGCAGUGGAGGAGGAGCAGGAGGAGCGGGAGCGCGGCGCGCACAGCCGCGGAGGUCCACUCCGGCGCGUCGGAACCGCAGGACGUCCAGUCCCCACUGCGCCGCUCUCCCCCGGGCCCUGGAGGCCACCCGACCCUGCUGGGGCGCUCGUCUGUCCUCUCGCUGCCCCCAUGUCUUCUCCGAACGACCCUCUGCGCGCAGAUCAGAUGGCAAAGGAGCCAGUAGAAGACACGGACCCCAGCACUUUAUCUUUUCACGUGUCAGACAAAUAUCCCAUUCAAGACACGGGACUCCCUAAAGUUGAAGAGAGUGACACGGUUACUUUGAGCAGCCCACCAAAUCCUGAUGAGCAAGACCAGGGAGAAGAAAAUGGCCUUCCGGACAGCACUGGAGAACCCCUUUCAGGUGUUACUAAGGACCAGUCCUGUAGGGAAGACUGCACUUGCUCUUCCUGCUCGCUCCGGGCCCCCACCAUCAGUGACUUGCUCAAUGAUCAGGACUUGCUAGAUGUGAUCAGGAUAAAGCUGGAUCCAUGUCACCCAACGGUGAAGAACUGGAGGAAUUUUGCAAGCAAAUGGGGCAUGUCCUAUGAUGAACUGUGCUUCCUGGAGCAGAGGCCCCAGAGCCCCACCCUGGAGUUCCUGUUCCGCAACAGCCAGAGGACAGUAGGCCAGCUGAUGGAGCUGUGCAGGCUCUAUCACAGGGCCGACGUGGAGAAGGUGCUUCGCAGGUGGGUGGAUGAGGAAUGGCCCCGGCGGGGGCGUGCAGACCACCCUGCACACUUCUAGUGCUCCUCUGCACGCUGGGACAUCCGUGGGUCACGAAGAAUGUGAGCCUGUUCUUUAAGAGCUUGGAUGAGGACACGGAACAGUGGACACUGGUUUUCCCCCACGCUGGUGGUUCUGUGGAGGGGUAGGCUAUGUUUUGGUGGCAGAUCUUUCUUUCUUUUUGCACAUCUAUUUUAAUUUAAUAUUUGAAUCUGGACUUGAGAAAGAAUAUUUUGUAGGCUCACAUAGGGGUCAGAAUGGGUUCAUGACAUGAUGAAAAUAAAACGUUCCUCUCUGUGAAUACUGCUGAAGAUUUCAGUCCCAGACCCAGCAGUCUGGACGCGCACAGGUGAGCCGGGGCACUCAAAGCUCAGAGGAAGAAGCAACGGGAUGUUACCUCAUCUGUCCAUUCAUUACUGUUUGGGUUAUAAAGUGCUUAGGUAAUGAACAGAUGCGGUAGCAUGUGGUCCUAUGCUACUGUCAUUUUUAUCCAAGCAUUUUUAUGAUAUGUGGACUAUCGAUAAUGUCAUUUACUUUGGUAUUUUUAAAAGAAGCACACAAACUGAUGAUUACUGGGAGGGCAGAGUGAGAAAUUCAUGCGUUUGUAAGUACCACAGGAAUGGUAUUUGAAAAUGAAUUAUACUCAAAAUGCCCUUUUGUUACCUAUGACCUUUAUAAAAUUAAUAUUGACUUCAUCUUCUUUUACAUAAGUCUGAAUACUUCAUCCCUGAGAUGAAACUUAAUUAAUCAAUAAAUAAAAAUCACCGGGCUCACUGGCGAUGCUCCCCGCUGAGCCUCGCCAACACUCACAGGAUGACCAAGAGGGGCACCCUGAGGCCUGCCAGGAGGGAGGGCAGGUUGAAAACCAACCUUAAACCAGAAGAAAAUUUGGCUCAAAGGAUAUUCAGUGACCUUAUUUGAUCAUCUGGGGAAAGGGCAAAUGUGGGGACAAAAGGGGUUGUAAUGGGAGAGGUCAGAUUUUCUAGAUUUGAGGGGAAAGAGAGAACAAGGCAAAGACUUGGUUUGGUUGGCAGGCCCAUGGCAGUGCUGUUUGGUUCUCUGGAAGUUAAGCACUCUGUUCAGUUUAGUCCCUGAUAAAAUAAGUGAGGUAAAUAAGACUGAUAAAGUACCACAGAAAGAUUGGGAUUAACUCAGCAGAAAGUUCUGAACCACUAUUUAUUUUCACUAAUAAUUAUGGUGGUUUUUGUUAGGUUGCUAAUAUGCAGAGUCAGCUGUCCCCUAAAUGUAAACUCUAAGUAGCAAAAUCUACUAGAGACUGACUCAUCCCUUCUGAUUCAGUGCUGAUUACACCAUGCUCAUUUCCCUGGUGAGAUUUACAGAUAAAUGUCACUUAUCACUAGAUGUAGUUAAGUAACAGCCAGUAAUAAAACAGAUUUUAAAAAAAUAGAAUCUCUGGUAAAUUGGUGGUUGAUGAGGUGCUUUUAAAAUGGGUACUGUUGGCCAGGAUCCUGGCUCUGUACAGAACUAGUUAGGGGGAGUUCUGAUCUUCCGGGAAUCUGAUUUGAUGUAUGAGUACGUUCUUGCUGAGCUACCUAUGACAAGCUCUUACAUCGUAGCUGUGGGAAAACGUGUUACUCAUUUUUGGCAUUGGGGGAAAAUGGAACUAAAGAGGUUGGGAUUAUUUCGCAUUGUGAGGCACCAACUCCCCACAUUUCAGUGGGCAGUCAUCUCUCCUUGUGUCCUGCCACUCUGGAUGUAAGGGGUAGCUCCCAGACCAGGAAAUGCCCUGCCUGCCCUGCCUGGCCAAUGCCUCCAGGAAGCUCUUCCUCACUCCAUCUCCCAGCCAACUGGUCCCCUCAGCCCAACUAUGGCCAGCACAGUCUGGCCAUCACAGAGGCAGUGGUGAGGGGCGGGAGAGGAGGCCGGAGGGAAAACCUGCCCUGUUCCCUUUUCUCCUUCACCUCAGGGCCUCCCCCAUGCAGACAGAACAGGAGGAGCAGAUGAGACACAGGACAGCUGGGUGGCGGGGCGACCGGGAAGGUUGGCCUUACUCCUUACCCUUCCGCCCGGGAUGGACGAGGGCAGAGUGCAGCAGAGGGAAGGAUGACACGGUGCCAUCCACCCUGCCUCCUUCCUGCUGCUCCAGGCCUUCCUGGGCCUCACCCUGGUCCCCAGCUCCUCUGAAGCCCCAACCACUUGAAGCCACAGGAUUACACGUGGUGGUUUGGAACAGCAGCUAAAGAGGUGGACUCCCCACCCCUCCCACAGGGCCUUGGCAACAAAAAUAAUAUUCAGCCUCAAGUCCAGUCCCCAAUCUGACCUUAAACUGACUUGCCAUUUUACAUCUCAAACACAGCUACUGUCUGUGUCGGCUGAACUUGCCCUUCUUGUUCAAGCAAGACACAGCACUCAGACCAACCAGACUUGAUGGUGGAGUCUGCACCUUUGUGUUCAAUUCCAGAGCAGAAAACCUCCUAUGUCAGAAGUACAGCAGCCUCCCAUCCCCACCUGGUGCCAUUAUGUACAGAGUUCUGGCAGCUAAUAACCUCUACCCCUGGAUCUAUCACCACUUCACUGCCAGGGAGCUAGAAAGCUUUUAAUGCCAUCUUCUUUUUAAAAAAUUCCUAUUAUAAUUCCAUGAGGAAGUGCCCAGGUAGAAGGGAUUUUUAAAACAGGGGAAUUAAUAUAAAUUUGCUUUACCUAUAUCAUUAUUUAUACAUAUGGACAUCUGAAUUGUUAACAUUGACCUUGUGAGGAUUUUUAAUUAUUAGAAUCAUGAUGUCAGCAGAGAGAAAUAUAACCUAAGAUUUUCUAAAGUUCUUUCAGACUCUGAGAGAAGGCAGGGUGACUUUGAUCUGUGUCAUGUGGGAAAGUGCCAGACACGAAUUCUCAACUGAGGUGCAGGUACAAGCUGUCCGUGCAGGAAUCCCAGACAACCACACUUAGAGUCGGUUUAUGAAAGCACAUACUGUGAUCGCAUAACGCCCUGACACUGCACAGGGAGUGGAAAGGGAAGAGAUUGCUUUAUGACCAAUAGAACAGUCGUUAAAGGCCAAUCCAUGAACACGUCACAGCUUUGCUCUUCAUUCUGUCCUAGGGAUCUAUGUUAAAUUAACCUCACUGUAAACUAAGCUGUUUGGGAUGAAGUCCUUUUGGUUUUUAGAGUAACAGGCUCGUCUUAAAACUCCCAUCUGUAACAUUCCAUGACAAGGCUCUAGGCAAUAUGGGUUUUGUUUGGUUGCAGUAGCAAAGUACCACACAAAAGAGUAGGGGAAGUCACAGAGGACAUCACAUGCCAGGGACAGAUCUACACGGGAGGCCUACAUUGGAGGAAAAAGACCAAAUGGGGCACAUGGUAUUUAAAACAGUAAGGUUUUAAAUUGUUAGGGUUUAAUCUUCCCUAGGACCUCCCACCUAUAAAGGCAAAUGUAAGAAGGGGUCACCUAUUUUUGUGACACUAAUCAUUAUUUAAUAAUACAGAGAAUGUGGCAAUAGACAAAAGAUGCUGCUCCCCCACUGGUCCUUCAUAGUAAACCUUUGUGGCACUGCCCUCUGCUGGAGUACAAAAUCUACACCCGCCUCUUCCAGAUGCCAGCUCCCACCAACCUUGGGCCUGGGUUUGGGCCAUGUUAGGCGCCUUACAGGCAGUCUUGCUGAAGAGGAAGACUGCAGUUGCUUUACUGCUUGGCAGACAGGCAGAACAAGGGCAGCAUGACUGUGAUGGGUUCCUGUCCCCUGGACUUGCCCAGCACUGUACACCCUGCCAUUCAGGGCUGUGUUCAGCUCAGUGCGAUCCUGUGCCCUGGGAAUGACUGUGAGCGCUCAGAAGGGCCUUCCCUCUGUGCAGACAGACGGUCAGUUGCUUGUGGAUGUUGGGUCUCUCUCCUUUUCACGUUAGCACCCGAGUGGGGGGGCUGUGAUGCCAAGUGGCAAAGGGUCUGCCUCUCUGGAGCAGGAGUCUCACCCCUUCCUCCAUGACACGUUCAACAAGAACACGCACAGAUUUCCUCUCCUUUUCCUUUCCUUUUUAGAUGCUGCUUUGGGCCUGAUCAUGUUGAAAUUAUUUUUGGCCUUUGUAACUGAAAUGCACAUACCCACAUGAGUGGAUGGAAGCAGUGACAGAGAAGCACCCCAUUUGUUCUUCCAUCUCCUCCUUGGGAACUCAGCAGCACCCUCCUAAACCUCAUGCACUUGGUUGCACAUGGCUGGGGUGGGUCUAGUCUCCCCUGGGUUUAGAGAGCAUUGUGGCCAAGAUACGGGGCUGUGAGCUGGUACUACUGGUCAGGAAGGACCAUAGUAAAGCAGAGCCUGUCUGUUCUCUUCCUCCCCGUGGCGUGGAGGGUCAUGGAUCUAGGGCCGUGUCUAGACAGGGUGCAUCCUAGAAUCCAGCUCCACAGUUGAUCUGAAGAGAUCUAAGCCAUCAACCAUGCAACGUGAAAUGAAAUGACUAGGCUUGUCAGCUUGUUUGGAAAUAUAAGAGGACGGCUUCUUUGGUACUUCCUGAGCUAAGCUGUGCUCUUAGGUGACAUCCCAGUGACCACAGUCCUCUGAAGCAUGUCCUCCAAAGCUUUAAGGAAGACAUUUGCAAUAAUGAAGGUGGUGCUUCUGAACUACCAAGUCUUGGGGAGCUUUGUUUAUAUAUUCCUUUGUACUGUACUUCUAAAGCUGCCUACGUUCUGAUCUCCUGUAUGACUUUGUCUUUCUUCUAAAUAAGGAUUGUUAUAACUAUAAUAAUGGGUGCUACAAAAUUAAAGACUGAUGUCCACCACUA